AUGACCGAGCGCCGCGUGCCCUUCUCUCUCCUGCGCAGCUCCAGCUGGGACCCCUUCCGCGACUGGUACCCCGCCCACAGCCGCCUCUUCGACCAGGCCUUCGGGAUGCCCCGGCUGCCCGAGGAGUGGGCGCAGUGGUUCGGCCACAGCGGCUGGCCCGGCUACGUGCGGCCGCUGCCCGGGGCCGCGGUGGAGGGCCCCGCGUCCGUGGCCGUGGCCGCGCCCGCCUACAGCCGCGCGCUCAGCCGGCAGCUCAGCAGUGGCAUCUCCGAGAUCCGCCAGACCCCCGACCGCUGGCGCGUGUCCCUGGACGUCAACCACUUUGCCCCCGAGGAGCUGACCGUCAAGACCAAGGAGGGCGUGGUGGAGAUCACGGGCAAGCACGAAGAGAGACAGGACGAGCAUGGCUACAUCUCCCGCUGCUUCACCCGGAAGUACACGCUGCCCCCUGGUGUGGACCCCACCCUGGUGUCCUCUUCCCUGUCCCCUGAGGGCACACUCACUGUGGAGGCCCCCAUUCCCAAGCCGGCCACCCAGUCUGCAGAGAUCACCAUCCCUGUCACCUUCGAGUCCCGGGCCCAGCUCGGAGGCCCAGAAGCUGGCAAGGCCGAGCAGCCUGGAGCCAAGUGA